AUGGACAAUACCUCCAAUUUCCCAUCUCUUCACCCUCCUUUUGGUUCUUUUUCGGCCGUCAUAGAGGUAGAUUAUGGCAAUAUGAGGUCCUAUCAUCUGAUGAUAGUUAUUUUCUAUGGUGUCGGUUUAAACAAAGCCGUGACUUGCUGUCAGAAAACGUUUUGUCAUACUGACAAUAAUUACCGUCCACUUACAACGAAGCUCCAGUUUGAAGACGCCUAUUACGAACUCUACGAUUCGCGCAAUAGCAAACGCAGCGAGCAUGGCCUUCAGCUACCACUGCUGCCGGACCUCUGGGAUGUCACAGAAUGA